GGCGUAGGAAGGACUGGAAGGCUGCCUCCCUCGUUCUUAUAUCAACAUGUAUGUGCAAGUAGGAUAGUUCUGCUUUGCUUGACAAUUCGUUUGCAAAUAUCAUGAUGGAAGAACAGGAGGUUUCCCCAUAUCGCGGCGCGCCCUUCCCAAAGAAAUGGCGUCGAAACCAUCCACGUUCAAAGAAUGGAUGCCUUACCUGUCGCACAAAACGUAAGAAGUGCGACGAGGUUAAACCGAUAUGCACAGCGUGUGAGAGGUCUCAGCAAGAUUGCCUCUGGCCAAAGUCGGAAGAAACCCAACAAUCAGACAUGCAGCUCGGCGAGAACACAACACAAGCUAGCAGUUCCAACCCACCACAAAACAUCAGCCUUGCGGCAUAUGGUGCUCCCAACGUUCAAUCAGGAUUGAGAGCCGCAGCCACUUCAUCCCCAAGAGCCGCUCCAACAUAUGGAAAUCUCGCCUAUCUAAGCGACAACUCCCGGAAACUUUAUCAGCACUACAUAAACGUCACAGCCGAGAUGCUGACACGUGGACCAAGCCUGGACGGGAACCCGUUUAUACAGUACUUGCUGCCACUGGCGUCACAUGAUGCACUGGUGCUGAACUGUGUCCUGGCCAUUGGAGGAGCUCAUGUCGUCAUUAAUGAUACGUCCUCUAGUCAUGAGGACGCUCGUGGCUUGGAGGUAGCUGCUCGUGGUCAUUAUGCCAACGUGCUAUCUGGAAUACAAAAGCUUUUGUAUUAUCGAACUGGACAGACCAUCCACACACCAGAAGCCGACACAACGCCACCAAGUCCUUCCCGUAUCCUGCUUAUUUUGUUGCUCCUCUGCGUCUUCGAUCACGUCCAGGGCAGCUCCCGUAGUUCAAUCUAUCACCACCUCAAAGCAAGUCAGGAGUACAUCACGCUCAUAACAUCCGACCCCAAUGCGCCUGAUGAGUUGCGAAACUUGAGAGGGUUCAUCCUGGAGCUAUACGCGUAUCACACAAUGAAGCUCGCAAUUACUCCUCGCAGCCUCACGUCAAAAGAGUUUGUCGAGAUCGACGCGUCCGUACAUUCGCUUGAUGUCCUUGAUGGGUAUAAAUCUCGAGGAUAUCUGCUUGGUUUCGGAAAGCCUUUAUUCGAGCUGGUGCCAAAGGUUGCAAAACUUGUUGAGGCCCGACGCAACGAGGAGCAGCAAAACGCUGAGAGGCCAACGGCCUUCACAAAGGAGUACGAGUAUCUGCUUCAGAGAUUGCAUAGCGUCACCGAAGCCGCGGACGACAGCAAUGGUCUCCGGCCUCACAAAGAGCGUGCUGGUGCGACAAUGAUAUACCAGAACGCGUUGAUUGUGUAUUUACAGUCGGCCUUUCACCGGAACAUGCUCGCCGACCCAGAACUAAUGUCAGAGAUUGAAGGACGGAUUGAUCAAAUGAUGCCCAAUUUCUACACUCUGUUUGUCAGCGAAUCACCAUAUCGACGUAUGCUUCUUUGGCCAGGCGUCAUCAUGGGUUCUUGUGCACGAAGCGACAAGCAUAUUGCAGGUUUCCAGGCAGGAUUUAAAGCAAGGGCAUCAGGGACGCCUGGUGCAGUAAAGACAGGAGCGCGGAUUGUCGAGCUGUUAUGGAAUGACCCGGACCCGCGGGCAUUUGGCCCAAGAGGCUUGUCAUAUAUAAUGACCAAGCAUGGCAUUAGCUGUAGUCUGUGUUAAGUAUAGCCAGAGUGUAAC